AUGCGCCGCGCUGUGGCUGCCGCACCACGGCUCCUGGCUCAGCGAACCCUAGGCAUUGCGCGCCCAGGAUCAAGCUUUGGAGCACAGUGCUUCUCGUCAUCUGCCCUGCGCAGACAAGAAGAGAGGAAAUGGUCUACGCCAUUAGCCAAACAGCUUUUUGAAGCGAUCUCUACAACUGGAACAGUUCCACUGGCGAGCUUCAUGCGCAUGUGCCUUACUGGUGAUGUCGGAGGCUACUACACGGGCGCCAUCGGGGAGGGCAGAGACCAGUUUGGCGUCAAAGGAGAUUUCGUAACAUCGCCCGAAAUCUCCCAAAUUUUUGGUGAACUGAUUGGCAUCUGGUUCAUUGCCGAAUGGAUGAGCCAAGGUCGGCCCAAGGACGGAGUCCAGCUGAUUGAAGUUGGCCCUGGAAGAGGAACUUUGAUGGACGACAUGCUUCGAACUAUUUCUCGCUUCCCCGCCAUGGCUAACAGCAUAGAAGCCGUCUACAUGGUUGAAGCUAGUCCCGAACUGAGAUCUGCUCAGAAAGAUCUGCUCUGCGGCCCUGGAACGCCGACGACGGAAUCAAAAGCUGGCUAUCACAGUACGGGAAAAUACAACAAUCUCCCGGUUGUCUGGACCCAGACUAUCAAAUCUGUUCCCGCGGAAUCAAACAAGACUCCGUUCAUAAUUGCACAUGAAUUCUUUGAUGCGCUCCCCAUACACAGCUUCCAGUCUACCAAGAUUGCGGUGAAGCCACCUCCGCCAAGGAUCCCCGGCAGCCCUGUUCCUCCGGCUCCCUCUAAACCGCCAGCCGACGCCACCCCUAAGAUGGAAUGGCGCGAAAUGAUGGUAUCGCCAACCGCACCGGGAGUCAGCAACGCCCAAUCGUCGUCUUCCAACUUUAGAUUUGACCCCAGCGACCCGCCCGCGGAGUUUGAACUCACGCUCUCGUCCGGAAGCACAAGACACUCCCGUUAUGUGCCUGAAUCCUCGCCUCGCUACCGCAAGCUGAAGCAGUCCGAGGGCUCCAUUGUCGAGGUGUGCCCCGAUGCCGCGCUGUACGCCGCCGACUUUGCCGCCCGCAUCGGCGGCACGGAAAAGAACCCCAAGGCGUCCGCGAGUGGCGCGGCCCUCAUCCUCGACUACGGCCCCGCCGACACCAUCCCCGUCAACUCCCUGCGCGGCAUCCGCCACCACAAAAUUGUGAAUCCCUUCUCCGCGCCUGGCCUCGUCGAUCUCAGCGCCGACGUCGACUUCACCGCCAUUGCUGAGGCCGCGACGCUCGCGAGCGACGGUGUCGAGGUGCACGGCCCCAUUGCGCAGGCCGACUUUCUGGAGCUCAUGGGCAUCAAGGAGCGUGCGGCGGCCCUGGCCAAGAGUGCCGGCGCGAACCAGGAGGCGGCGGAUGCCAUCGACAAGGCGUGCAAGCGCCUGGUGGACCGCGGACCGAGCGGCAUGGGCAAGGUCUACAAGGCACUGGCUAUCCUGCCUGAGAAUGACGGCCAGCGUCGACCUGUUGGCUUUGGAGGCGACGUGAGCAGCUGA